GGGCAGGGGCAGCGGCCGCAGCCGCAGCCGCUCCGCAGGAUCCGCGCCCCGAAAGGACGUGCUCCACCGAGUUGCCAGGCGCGAUUACGUUGUUUUUUUCCCCCCACCCACCCCUUGAACUUGUUGCUUGGCGCUCGGUUGUGGCGGAGGGGGGUGGGGGUGGGGGAAAGCCUUAUUAUCCAUGUCCCUUUGGAUGCGAUCAAGCUUUCUCAGGAGCAACUACUUCCCCGCCGUUCCCGGCGGGGCGCGGAGAUCUAGCGGCAGAGCCCGUAUUUCCAAAAGUCUCUAUGCAACUGCGCGCUUUCGCCAGACUUUCACAGUGGCUGGACCAGAACUGUCUCUAGAUUGACUCACUUAGCUGUAGACCAUGGCAGCAGGAGUAGCAGCUUGGUUGCCCUUUGCCAGGGCAGCAGCCAUAGGAUGGAUGCCAGUGGCCACAGCUCCCAUGCCAGCUGCUCCUCGGCAGGAGAGGAAGCGAAGCCAGGACUCUCUGAUUGUGCUGAAUGUGAGUGGCAUCCAGUUCCAGACGUGGCUGGAUACCUUGGAGCGCUAUCCUGACACUCUGUUGGGCAGUUCGGAGCGGGACUUCUUCUAUCACCCUGAGACACAGCAGUACUUUUUUGAUCGGGACCCUGACAUUUUCCGCUACAUUCUCAACUUUUACCGUACUGGGAAGCUUCAUUAUCCCCGCCAGGAGUGCAUCUCAGCUUACGAUGAGGAGCUGGCCUUCUUUGGCAUCAUUCCUGAGAUCAUUGGCGACUGCUGUUAUGAGGAGUAUAAGGAUCGCCGGCGUGAGAAUGCCGAGCGCCUGCAGGAUGAUGCCGACCAGGAUAAUGGAGCUGAGAGCUCCCUGCCCUCAAUGACAGCUCGGCAGAGGAUGUGGAGGGCUUUUGAAAACCCACACACCAGUACACUGGCUCUGGUCUUCUACUAUGUCACUGGCUUCUUCAUUGCUGUCUCUGUUAUUGCCAACGUGGUGGAGACAGUGCCUUGUGGGGUAAGCCCAGGUCGCAUCAAAGAGCUGCCCUGUGGAGAGCGCUAUGCUGUGGCUUUCUUCUGUCUGGAUACUGCCUGUGUCAUGAUCUUUACAGUUGAGUAUCUCCUACGUCUGCUGGCAGCCCCUAGUCGCUACAAAUUCGUGCGUAGUGUCAUGAGUAUCAUUGAUGUGGUCGCCAUCAUGCCGUAUUACAUUGGCCUGGUGAUGACAGAUAAUGAGGAUGUCAGUGGAGCUUUUGUGACACUGAGAGUCUUUCGUGUCUUCAGGAUCUUUAAAUUUUCACGCCACUCACAGGGGUUGCGCAUUCUGGGCUACACGCUCAAAAGUUGUGCCUCGGAGUUAGGCUUUCUCCUCUUUUCACUCACUAUGGCCAUCAUCAUCUUUGCCACAGUCAUGUACUAUGCAGAGAAAGGUUCAUCAGCCAGCAAGUUCACCAGCAUCCCUGCAGCCUUCUGGUACACCAUUGUCACCAUGACAACACUGGGAUAUGGUGACAUGGUGCCAAAGACAAUAGCUGGCAAGAUUUUUGGUUCAAUAUGCUCCCUGAGUGGAGUCUUGGUCAUUGCUUUGCCAGUUCCUGUAAUUGUCUCCAACUUCAGCCGUAUCUACCACCAGAAUCAACGAGCAGACAAGCGCAGGGCACAAAAGAAAGCUAGGCUUGCUCGAAUUCGUGCGGCAAAGAGUGGGAGUGCUAAUGCCUACAUGCAGAGCAAACGAAAUGGCUUACUGAGUAACCAGCUGCAGCAGUCCUCCAACGAAGAAGAACAGGCCUUUGUUAGCAAAUCUGGCUCUUCCUUUGAAACACAGCACCACCACCUGCUUCACUGCCUGGAAAAAACUACGAACCAUGAGUUCGUGGAUGAGCAAGUCUACGAAGAGAGCUGUAUGGAGGUUUCUACAGUCAACAGACCCCCAAGCCACAGCCCCUCUCUUUCAUCUCAGCAAGGUGUUACCAGCACUUGCUGCUCACGAAGGCAUAAAAAGACUUACCACAUCCCAAACACCAACCUCAGUGGCAGCCGCCCAGGCAGUGUACAAGAGCUCAGCACCAUCCAGAUCAGAUGUGUGGAGAGGACACCUCUGUCUAACAGCCGUUCCAGCUUAAAUGCCAAAGUGGAAGAGUGCGUUAAACUAAACUGUGAGCAGCCUUACGUCACUACAGCAAUAAUUAGCAUCCCGACACCUCCAGUCACCACACCUGAAGGAGAUGAUAGGCCAGAGUCUCCUGAGUACUCGGGAGGAAACAUUGUCAGAGUAUCUGCUUUAUAAAAGAAGGAGUUAUUUCUAAACUAGCUUAAAGACCACUUGCAAGCUGAGCUCAAGCAGUGAGGAAUGAGAGAGCUGACAAAGAUAACGCCCCUUGACGUGUGCGCCAGCAGCUGCAGAGCAAGAGGUGUGGGAGAAACACAACACUUUGUGGGUUUCAGUGUUGUAGCGUGUGAACCAAAAGGAGUUUCUUACCCAUUGUCCGAACUAAGGUGCAGUGGAAUCUUCUGUGACCAUCCUGACUUACUAUAUGAGCACAAUGAAAUGUCCCCAUUGAUGCUUCUUCUUAUCAUGAAAGCUCUUUUUAGA